AUGAGAUGGAUGCUUCUGAGUGGCGUCCACUUCCAGAGUCGCGACUUGGAUCGUGUGAGACGGACCGCACAAUGGAUUAUCGCGGAGGCAGAGCGAAGUCGGGUUAGCCGGGUGGUCAUCUGUGGCGACCUUUUGACAAGCCGAACGAUGCACCCAACACACGUUGUGUCUGCAUGCUAUCGCUUCAUCAGCGAUUUGAGCGAUAUAGUUCCACGAGUCAACAUCAUACUCGGAAAUCACGAUCUCGCCUAUCGUCGCGACUAUCAGACGACAGCUCUUGAAGCACUGAACAUGAAAACACUAGCCCCACAUGUCUCAAUUCACAGCGUCAUCGAUCGCCAGGUGUGGGAUGGCCGAAAGGUUUUGCUUCUUCCUUUUCGCGAAGAGCAAAGUGAUCUUACAGACGCUGUAGCUGCCAUCAGUCCCGAUGAAGCGAGCGAGACGGUUGCAUUUGCCCACCUGGCAAUCAACAAGGCCAUUCUUCAACGUUAUACCCCACACACGAACAACUCCAUCACGUACCGUGGUUUGACAGGCCCAGACCACUUUGCAUCUCUGGCUAGAACCUUCACCGGGCAUUUUCAUAGUCAUCAAACCAUUACACAACACAACAUUCUGAGCAACGGAUUUGACCUACGAGGAAGCAUCACAUACCUGGGCUCACCCUUGCAACUGAGUUGGGGCGACCUCAAUGACGACGAACGAGGCGUCGUUUUAUUCGAUCCUCAAACACUUCACCACGAAUUACGUAUCAACCCAUAUGCCAUUGGCUACACAAUUGUUGAUGUUGAGCGAGUUCUCAAGAACAAGGUUCAACAGGAUGCAGUCGAAGACAAACAUGUCAUGCUUCUUGGCGAACUCAACCAUCACAACUAUAUAACAGCACGACAUUCUCUCCUUUCGCUAGGCGCACGAAGCGUCCGAGAAUGGAAUCAAUCCAACUAUACUUUGGGUUCCAAGCGGAGACCAUUGGAAAAUCUUGGGUCAUCAGUUCCGACUAGCGAUAUCGCAGUCCAGCCCUUGGAGGACCUGCGCAACGACGGUUUACGGUCGAACCCGUGCGCUCAACCAGAAAUCAGAAUAAUUGACAUCGACGAGGAGGCCCGUCAAUAUGUGGAAACGGUAGACCUGGAUGCAUCUCUUUUAUCACGACGAGAUGAGCUGUUGCGAGUUGGCCGAAAUAUUAUCCAGGACUCACGCACAAUAACACACGAAGAUGAAGAAGCCGGGGUUAACUACCACGACUUCAUGAAUCGAUCAUUUCAUCCUGCGGUAGCGACUGCCUCCAGUCACCUGAAAAACACAUACAGCAACGUCUUCAUCGCGGAACCACAUACUCUGACAAUCACAAACUUCCUUGGCGUACAGCGUGUCAUUACUAUCGACUUUCGACACGACUUCCCACGUGGACUAACUUUGUUGGUUGGCGACGACGGAUCCGGCAAAAGCACACUUGGCCAGGCCAUGGUAUGGUGUCAGUUUGGGCGUUGUGUACGUGCCGGGCUGUCCGCCGAUGGUGUGGUCAAUGACACCAUAGGCAUGAACUGCUCUGUCACGCUUGAGUUUACCAACGGCUAUGCCAUCACAAGGUAUAGAAAACACAAUGUCCAUCAGAAUCGUGUGGUAAUAACCCUUCAUGGUGAACCUCAACCGCAGUUUGAGAGACCCGAUGCACGGUCAACUCAGGCGGCAAUCAAUGAUCUUCUCAGAACCGAUUACGAAACAUACGUAAGAACCGUCGUGGUGAGCCAUGAAAGCGCGGCAAGCUUUUUGAGCUUGACACCAAUACAACGACGAGACAUGGUUGAGGCGUCGCUCGGGAUGCCGGAUAACUGGGGAUGCAUUGCAAAUAUGCUGUUGAAGAAAAUAGACACGGAAGUUACUCAAGUGCGGAAGAAUCUGGAUGGAGUUGGCCGAAUGAUGAAAGACAGCAAACGGAGGAUUGAACAACUACAAGAGACGCAGAAGCGCCUGCAGAACGAGGCACUCAAGGCAGUGGCAUCUUUGGGGGCAGCUUGUCGUCAUCAGGCGGCCAAAGCGAAAAGGUUCGAACAACAAGCUCAUCAAGCCAAACCAACAUUUCCAAGAAUAGACCCUCGCAUCAAGAUCUUCACCUUGCAGAAACACGUUCGAGCCGAGCAAGAGAAUCUCGACAAGCUACGAGCCUUCUAUGCUGAGCUCCAGAUACAAAGCUCUAUCGAAGAUGUUGGAUGGUUCGAAAGCCUACAUGAGCGCGUGCGUCAGAAGCUCAAGGCUACGAAAGAGGCUCAUGCUACAGGGCCACGAAGACCAUUGCAAAGAAGGAAACGAAUUUUCCUUAGCUACUUGUCAAUUGCCAUUCGCUGCUAUGUUUCUUUUUUCAGAAACCCCGAAUAUGCCCAUCGACAAGCAACCAUGGGUAAUGUUGAUGGCCAGAUUGACGAAGGCAUGUCGCGAUUGAAGGCAUUGAAAAGUGAGGGCAACCGGGCCAUCAAUCAUGCUCUGACCAUGAGCGAAAAGACGGUACGAUUUGCGCAGCAUACAAUCAUACGCCAGAAAUUACAACAACAAGAACGUGAGGAACUACGACGACAAGUCACGAUGAAGAAACACGGCGCUGCGAUAUAUGACAAUUUCGUGGAAGAUGAGAGCAAGUAUAUGCGGCAUUUGCAGUCAAAACAUGACUUGCUUGUCGACAAUCUACGAAAGUUAACUGAUGACCGCGAACUAUUUGAAUUUUGGGCGUUUGCGUUAUCUAAAGGUACAGAUAUCGCCCGUCCGGUCAUCUCAUUUGGAGCAAAGGCGAAACGAAGCAUAAACUUUCGCGAGCAUCUCCUCCUAAAGUCGAUAUCAGAACUCAAUUCCCUUGUUCCGCAGAUCUUGACCGUGCUAUACAAUGAUGCACAGCUUUCAAAUAUAGCAACAGCGAUGCUACGUUCGAUCUUCGACACCGAUUCUGAUUCGAAAUCUACUUUCUCAUCCGUCCUUGAUUCGAAACUUGCCAUCAAUUCGUCGAACGCCUACGGAAAACACUCCAGAGGUGACCGUGAACAAGUCGACCUGGCUCUCUUCUUGGCAUUGUUACAUCUAGCGAGAGCCAAAAGUGCACACCACGCACACUACGUUCUUAUUGAUGGGGUAUUUGAUAAAUUGGACAACACUGGUCAGGCGGCUGCCUUCAAAUGGCUCAGUGUCAUGUCCCAGAUGACGGUAGGAUGGGUUAUGGUUAUUACUCGCAGCCAAUUCUUGGUAGAGCGGGAUGUCGGGCAUGGUUCGGCCAAAGUUCUAGUUGUGCGAACAAAUGUGGGACAAGAGGGCACCGAACUCUAUGUAAAUGGUCGGAAAAUUGGAAGAAAGUAA